AUGCCGGAACCAGGUUUCCUGGCCUCCAUGGCCUCCAGCCUUGCCUUGCCAUUUAAGAAUCCAGCAUCCUGCUCCCCAGUUCCCAGCCCCUGGACCUUUGCCUCCUCAUUCCCCAAUCUGGUCCUUGGCCCCUGGAUCCCACCAGGCCACUCCGCUUCUCUUGAUGGUUCAGAUCCCAGCAGCCGUGCUAUAGGCCAGGCUUAUCAGGACUCUCUCCAGGCCUCCAUGUACCCUGGCGGAGAGAUGGCAGGAGCCACAGACACCAGAGAAACACGUUGCCUCCUUGUCUUGCUCCUUGUCUGGCCCCAGACGAUGCUGCCACUGCUGAUCCUAUCACUUCUCCUCCCGGGGAGUUCCAUCUCCAGGGACCAGGGAAAUGACUCAUCCAGGGACUUGGUGGGCAUCGUGGGUGGUCAAGUGGCCAAGCCUGCCCAGUGGCCCUGGCAGGUGAGCCUGAGGCUUUCUGGGAGUCACCAAUGUGGCGGAUCUCUUAUCGACCCAAGCUGGGUGCUGACUGCUGCACACUGCUUCGAUAACUCCCGGGUUGUCAUGAACUAUCACAUCCAGCCAGGGGAGCUGAGACUCUACACAGAAGACCCUUCUACGCUGAUUCCAGUGAAACGCAUCAUCAUCCAUGAAAACUACUUGGGGAACGUCAUGUUAGGGGGUGACAUUGCGCUGGUGGAACUUGGCCACCCAGUGAAACUCUCCGACAAGAUCAGAACCAUCCAACUCCCCUCCUCCAGGCUGCAGCUCCGGGCGGGGACUCCCUGCUGGGUGACUGGCUGGGGGGACAUUGGAGAAUCGGUGCCACUGCCUGCCCCAUUUCCACUGAAGGGAGUGAAGAUUCCCAUAUAUAACACUAAAAAAUGCAAGUGGAACUACCACCAGAUAAACAAAUUUAUCCUGGAUGACAUGAUCUGUGCUGGCUAUGAUGAAGGAAUGAAGGAUUCUUGUCAGAGUGACUCCGGGGGGCCACUGGUCUACAAAAGUAAUGGUGCCUGGAUACUGAUCGGGGUGGUGAGCUGGGGAGAAGGCUGUGCUCGACCACAUUUCCCAGGAAUUUAUGUUAAUGUGUCUCACUACGUAGACUGGAUCCGUCGGAAAAUGUGUUGA